AUGGCCGGCUUCUUUCAACCUGUUCCCAGUCCUUCCACGGAACUGGGCCGUCUCCGCGUCCUCUCCUCAAGCGCUGGUAUCAGAGUGUCUCCUCUCCAGCUCGGUGCCAUGUCGCUUGGAUCGGCUUGGUCCCAAGCCACCGGUUCCAUCUCCAAGGAGGAAGUCUUCAAGCUCCUUGAUGCCUUUGUCGAGGCAGGAGGCAAUUUUAUCGAUCUUGCAAACAAUUACCAGAAUGAAGACUCAGAGAAGUGGAUUGGGGAAUGGAUGGCUGAGCGUCAGAACCGCGACAAGAUGGUCAUUGCCACUAAGUACACCAUGGACUAUGCCUCCUACCGACUGGGAGGACCCGGCACAGCUCCGAACCACACGGGCAACCACAAGCGUGCCAUGUACACGAGUCUCCGUGACUCCUUGGCUAAGCUUCAGACCGACUACAUCGACAUUCUGUACCUCCACUGCUGGGACCAUACGACCUCGGUCAAAGAAAUCAUGGACUCGAUGCACUUCCUGGUGGCGGAGCGUAAAGUUCUCUACCUCGGAGUGUCUGACACACCAGCUUGGAUCGUCAGUGCUGCAAAUGUGUAUGCCAACGAAAGUGGCAAGACACCCUUCAGCAUCUAUCAGGGACGCUGGAAUGUCCUCGAUCGUGACUUUGAGAGAGACAUCAUCCCUAUGGCCAGACACUUCGGAAUGGCUCUGGCCCCCUUCAGCCUUAAGGAGCGCAAGGAAAAGCUGCGCGGGGCGCCCGAACUCACUGAAGAGGAGACACUCAUGUCCGAGAGGCUUCUCAAGGUCGCUAAGGAGCAUGGCAUCGAGUCCGUCACGGCUAUCGCGCUGGCCUAUGUCAUGCACAAGGCGCCGAACGUGUAUCCUAUCAUUGGCUGCAGGAAGGUGGGACAGCUGAAGGACAACAUCCAGGCUCUCAGCAUUCACCUGACAGACGAACAGAUUGCUUCCCUGGAGAGUGUCAAGAAGUUUGAUCUAGGCUUUCCGCUCGGGUUCAUCGGGGAGGACCCGAAUGUCACUGGGCACAACUGGCUUCACUCAACCUGGGCGAACCUUGUCUUCCCAGCGGCUAAGAAACACUGA